CUGCGCCUAAAACCCCUCCUUGCCGGGGCACAUACCUGCUCUACCAUCACUCUUCCGCCUCCACCCACCAUCACCAUGCUUUUCCUGCAACUCCAUCCCACCACCCUCGCCGUCGCCCCCACGACAACCACCUCUUUUACCUCUCGCAUGGUCACAGCCUGCCGCCGUCAGCAGUGGAGACCAUUUCCUUCCCAAUACAACUUACAAACCCUUUCUAAAUCAUUUUAUUCAAAAACCCUAGAAAACCCUAGUUCAUCUUCUUCUUCAUCUCACUCUUCAUUCCUUGGACACUCUGACGGCAGUGAAAACUUUGACUAUGGCGACAGCGACAACAACAACAACAAUGUCAAUGGCGGUGGCAGAGGCGGCGGCGGGGCAGUGGUAAUUGGAACAAUCCGUUCAAUUCCGAUGACUCAUGGCCAUGGGACAAGAAUUGUGGGAAUAGCUAACGACGAUGAAGACGAGGAUGAAAUUGUUUAUGAAGUGAAGGGUGGCAAGAGAAUCAAGCUAAUCCCUGAUUACUUUAAGGAUGCGUUUGUUAUUCCACCAUCGACAUCUUUGUUGUCUUUUAGGAAUGGCAUUCCGAAUUUGUGGACGCACUGGAGGGAUUUAUUCAUGAAAUUGAUGCUUCCUGAGGGUUUUCCUGAUAGUGUUACUAGUGAUUAUUUGGAGUAUUCUCUUUGGAGAGGGGUUCAGGGUGUCGCCGCCCAAAUUAGUGGCGUUCUUGCCACUCAGGCUUUGCUUUAUGCUGUUGGACUGGGUAAAGGGGCUAUUCCAACUGCGGCAGCUGUAAAUUGGGUACUGAAGGAUGGAAUUGGGUAUCUGAGCAAAAUCCUUUUGUCGAAUUUUGGAAGGCAUUUUGAUGUAAAUCCAAAGGGGUGGAGGUUGUUUGCGGACUUUUUGGAAAAUGCUGCUUAUGGAAUGGAGAUUUUAACUCCUGCAUUUCCCCAUCUCUUUGUUCCAAUUGGUGCUGCUGCUGGAGCAGGACGAUCGGCAGCUGCACUAAUCCAGGCUUCUACUCGGAGCUGUUUCUACGCAGGCUUUGCUGCUCAGAGGAAUUUUGCCGAGGUAAUUGCAAAGGGUGAAGCUCAGGGAAUGGUGAGCAAAUCUAUUGGAAUCAUGCUUGGCAUAGCAUUAGCUAAUUGCAUUCAUUCUUCUACACCCCUUGCUCUUGCUUCUUUUGGGGUGGUGACUUGGAUCCACAUGUUCUGCAAUCUCAAGUCAUAUCAAUCCAUUCAACUAAGGACUUUAAAUCCAUAUCGUGCAAGUUUGGUCUUUAGUGAGUAUCUUCUCAGUGGCCUAAUGCCUUCAGUUAAAGAGGUCAAUGAUGAGGAACCACUUUUUCCAGCUGUACCAUUUCUAAAUGUGAAGCCGGCAUAUAAAGCACGGUUGGAAGAAUUAUCUGUGGAUGCCAAAGAUGCAGCUGCUAAUAUUGAGCGGCGGUUGCAGCUGGGUUCCAAGCUCUCUGAUGUUGUUAAAAGUAGGGAGGAUGUGCUCUCACUAUUGGACCUGUAUAAAAAUGAAGGUUACAUUCUGACCGUGCAUGAUGGGAGAUUUUGCGUAAUACUCAAAGAAAGCUCUUCGCCACAAGAUAUGCUCAAGUCAUUGUUCCAUGCCAGUUACCUGUACUGGUUGGAGAAAAAUGUGGGAAUUGAAUCAAGCAGCGGGUCUGAUGACUGCAGACCUGGGGAAAGGCUGAAAAUAUCUCUCGAGUAUGUGCAAAGGGAAUUCAACCAUGUCAAAAACGAUGGGGAACUGGCAGGUUGGGUCAUCAAUGGGCUCAUUGCAAGACCUUUACCUAAUAGAGUCAGUCCUGGCUAUGCAGCUUCUGCUGUCAAGUGA